GCUUGCAAGCUUAAUAACGAACCCGUGUCGCAAAAUGGCUUGCAAAUACCUAAAGGUAAAAUAUUUGCACUGUUAGGCCCAAACGGAACUGGAAAAACAACUUUAAUACGUGUAAUGUUAGGUGAAUUAAAAUUAUCAUCGGGAACAAUUAAUGUGUUUGGUAAAAAACCUGGUUCAAAGGGUUCGGGUAUUCCCGGACCGGGUGUCGGGUAUAUGCCUCAGGAGUUGGCGUUAUUUGAUUAUUUCACAAUCGGAGAAAUACUUAAAUAUUACGGAAUGAUAUAUCACAUGACACGCGAGGAAAUUUACAAAAACAUUUGUAAUUUAAAAGAAUUAUUGCAUUUACCGGAAAAUUCCCGAUUAAUUAAUCAAUUAAGUGGUGGACAACAGCGCCGGGUGUCGAUCGCCAUAACAAUGUUACACAAACCCAGACUCGUUAUAUUGGAUGAGCCCACUGUUGGUGUGGACUCUCUGCUCAGGCAUAGGAUAUGGCAAUACUUGGAGAAUAUGUGCAAUAAAAAUGGCCAAACAGUGAUAAUAACAACACAUUAUAUAGAAGAGGCCCGGAGUGCACAUAACGUGGCUUUUAUGAGAUCCGGAGCUGUAUUGAGACAAUCAAAUCCCCAACAAUUGAUGGAUGAAUACGAGUGCCCGACACUGGAGGACGUGUUCCUACAGUUGUGUCACUCAAAGGAAAACGCCAUUACUUCAAGACAUGAAUUUAAAUCCAAAGACAAUACAGAAAUUGAUUUAAACAAUAAUUUGUCGACAGAAAGUGAGGCAAAAAUACACUACAAAAACAAUGCGUUCAUUGAUUGGCAACGAAUUAAAGCAAUGCUAAUAAAGCAAUGGAUUGCUAUUAAACGGCGGCCGCUAUUUAUGUGCGCAUAUUAUGCCCUAACCGUUAUAACAAUGAUAACAUUGAACAUGAUCUUAGCCCAGGAUAUUAAGCACAUACCGGUUGGAGUAUAUAAUACGGAUCUAAUCGGUGAUAAUCAAACAUCAUUAUCACGUCUUUUCAUUGAUUCAAUCGAUCCAAAAGGCAUGCGUUUAACUCAUUACCCAUCGAUCGAUAGCGCCGUUCAGUCGGUAACAAAUGGCGACAAUUAUUUGGUGUUUGAAUUUCGGGACAACUUUUCCGACAGUUUUGAGACACGAGUGACGGAUAUAUUUGAUGCCAGCGAUGAGUCAGUUGAGGAAAGCCUUAUACAUCUAUAUGUAGAUCUUUCACGCCAUAUAUUAAAUAAAUCCAACAUCAUUGAGCAGAUGUCAACUCUACGAGUUAUGGAGGUGUUUAACGGCGAUUUGAACAGCAUGAUGGUCACAUUUAUGUAUGUUGGGCCGCAAAUGAUGUUAUUCGUGGAAUUUACGAUGGGUAUGGUUUUAUCGGCGUUUAUCAUGAUAAAUGACAAAUCGUCGGACAUAAUGAACCGGGUGUUUGUGGCCGGUGUAACUGCAUACGAGUAUAUUGGCGCCCAUAUACUUAUCAACAUUAUCAUGGGCUUAAUUCAAGUGUCCGUCGCUAUGAUCGUUGUGUUUGGAAUUUCUGUAAUGGCCGUAUUGUUUCCCAUGUUCUUCGUUUCGGGUAUCUUUUGGCCGCUCGAAGCCAUUCCCUCUAUGUAUCGGUUCAUAGCAUACAUGAGUCCAGUGACAUAUCCCAUGCAAUCCAUCCGUAAUAUAAUGGUACGAGGUUGGACGUAUACGCAACCAGAUUCUAAUAUUAUU